AGUGCAUGACAAUUUCUAUGGAUACUAUUGCGUUGGAGUAUCCAGGAAUUGGCAGAGCUUCAAGAGGCUCUUCCGUUCUCCCUGGAUUGCAGCGCCGUGUCGCAAUCGUUCGAUCCUUCUAGUUGUGAUACAUUGCGACGUAGUCUUUCACGGCAUCAAUCUCCGGUACGACAGUGUAUACCUUUGUAAGGUUGGGAAAAUUCGACGAAACAAAAUCGGUGGGGAUGUAAUCGAGCACACCGGUCGAGAGCCACGCCACGAGCCUCCAGACACAAAUGUCUGCAACCGUUAAAGUUUUUCCACAGGCAAAAUCGCUCUCCCUACACAAGAGCGAAUCCAAGCCCUUCAGGUGCAUGAACAACCGACCCUUCUCGGGAUCCAUAAGCUCGGUCCGCUUGGCUUCGACCUUGUCCUUGGGGAGGCCAAAGGACGAGCCGAUGGUCGUCGUGACGUCCGUGCACCCGUUGAUGAUUUCGUCACACCGGGCCUGUCCGAGAAUGUCUUCCUCCUUUGGAUACAGGCGCGAGAAGGGGGCGCCCUCGGCACCGCCGAGUUUCCCGACGUAGGCCGCCAUGGCCUGGGUUUGCGAGAGGAUCURGCCGUCCGAAAGCUCCAGGAUGGGGAAGGCUCCAAAGGGAGUACUAGACUUCUUCGCCUUGAUCUGUUCCAUGUCGGUGAUAUUCUCGAAGGGGAUGUUUUGGAGGAACAGACCCGCUCUCAACACCUCGGCGCGCCAAAACUUGAAAGGGUAGUAGUAGACCUUGAUCAUGGUUAUUGUAACUUGGGACCUUGAUGUUUGAGUAUGAUCCGUCAGGAAUUUCUUUUUCCGAAUUGUGGCAUCAUGAAUUACAAUCAAAGAUGUGCGGUCACAGGACAGCUCGGCGAAGUUUUCGAACGACGAAGAAAAAAAUAUCUUUUUGCGGGACUCAAUCCAGAACGAUACGUAGGUUUUAAUACUACCUGUACAGUUAUGCAUGAACUGUGUCCACGAACUCUACGUUGGAGCCUUUCAGGGCAUACUGUAGGGCGACGAAGGCCUAAUACAGAAAAUGCGAAUCUCCCAAUCUAUYGUAGUUUACAGUAGAAAUACUCCUGCACCAAGUAGUACCAGUAAAAAUCACUACCAAGUCGAAUGAAUCAAGAACAUGAUC